AAAAUCUAAUCCAAACAAACCAUGCGCCCACUGUUUUAGGUGCAAGUUGAAGGUUGGCCAUAUGCUGCAGAUGCGACAACUUGUCGGCUAGGUGGUGUGGCUACCAAUUGUCGGCAACUUCCAGGAAGUCACGGUAAAGCGGUAAAAGAAAAGUUCGUUGGUGACGUCUCUGGGGUGUAGCUUUGCUGAGUGAAGCCGGGGGGCAAAUUGCAAAAAGUGGAAAAAUUUGGAAGUGCAAAAAGUUGUGUGGAAAAUUUUCAUUCCCGCAAGUUUUUAGCCUUCCACAGAUUUUGCUGCCCUUAGUUGCCAAAGUUGAACAAUAUCCUUCCUUGUCUCAUCGCAGAAAGCAUCCCCCCAUCACCAUUGCAGAACACUUUCAUCCUAAUUCCAAUCCCAAGCGAGAAAAAAAUGGCUGAUGCUGCUGUUAGUGCUGCUAUUAAGGUCGCAUUGCAGGCGGUUGUUUCCCUUGCCGCUUAUCAUGUUAAUCUGGCUCGUGAAUUCCCAGAGGAGCUGAAGAAACUCGACAAAUCUGCUGCAAUGAUCCGAGGCUUCUUGGCUGGUGCCGACGAGGACAAGCAUAGCUCAGACGUGAAAAUUUGGCUCAAGCAGCUGGAAGAAGAGGUUUUCAAAGCUGACAAUGUGCUGCACGAGCUCAACUAUGAAAGUCUUCGUCGGAAGGUGAAGUACCAAAAUCAACUCACGAAAAAGAAGGUAUUCUUCUGCUUUUCGUUCUUUAAUAAAAUUGGUUUUCGUUCGAGGUUGGGUUCAAUGAUCAGGGAGAUCAACACGAACCUUGAAAGGAUCCAUCGGGAUGCAGAAGGUUUGGGACUGGCCUACAAGCACCAAGUUGAAGAAGCAUUCCCUACUAUUGCUGCUGGAGCCACAACAAGCCGACAGACCGACUCUACUAUUGUUCGAAGAGAUGUCCUAGGAAGAGAUAAGGAUGAAUCCGAAAUAGUUAAGAAGUUGUUGGCCGAAUCUGAAAGUGUUAUUUCAGUUAUUCCCAUAACUGGCAUGGGUGGAUUAGGCAAAACAACUCUAGCUAAAGCCGUUUACAAAAAUGAACAAAUUGUUGGACAAUUUGACAAAAAAAUUUGGGUUUGUGUGGCUGAAGAAGUAGAUAAAAUCGAGAAGGUCUUCAAAAUGAUUCUUGAAUCGUUAACAGGAGGAAAGGUUGAAGGGGAUCGUAGGGAGGUAAUAGUUCAAAAACUUCAAGAUGAACUCAAGGAAAAAAGAUAUUUCCUUGUUCUUGAUGAUGUGUGGAAUGAUCAAGAAGCAUUGUUGAAUGACUUUUUCAGCACUUUGGCGGGACUCAAUGCGAAGAAAGGGAGCUGGUGUCUUGUUACCACUCGUCUGCAAGAAGUGGCAAGUAUUCUGUCUAGACAUCCGCAGAUCAAUUUUACUCGCCAUGAGCUAGGAAAGCUCUGCAAUGAUGAUUGCUGGUCUAUCAUGAAAAAAUGGGCAACUGUAGGGGAAGAAAUACCAAAAGAAUUGGAAGACAUAAGGGAGCGAGUUUUAAGAAGAUGUGAUGGUCUACCUCUGGCAGCAAAGUUAAUUGGAGGAUUGUUAUCUAAAAAGAGAAAAGAGGAGUGGCUAUCUAUUUUGGAGGAGAGUCUCUUGAAUGGAGAUCAGGGUGGGAUCGAGCAAAUAGUUAAGGUGAGUUUUGAUCAUCUGUCACCUGCACCGGUUAAGAAAUGCUUCGCAUAUUGCUCAAUUUUUUAUCAAGAUACUGAAUUGGAACAAGAUCUACUAGUUGAGCUUUGGAUGGCUGAAGGCUUUCUUCAAACGGAUUCCCAAAAUGAAAGAAUGAUGGAGAAAAUAGGAUGUGAGAAUUUGAGAAUUUUGCUGCAAACUUCCUUAUUGGAAGAAGUAAGAGAUUGGAGGGGAACAUGGUAUAAAAUGCAUGAUCUUGUGCAUGAUUUUGCAAAAUCAAUUUUGAACCGUAACGGCAGCAAUCAGGACCGUUACCUUGCGGUAUACUCACCCGAAAGAAUCAAUGAAAAAGCAUCAGCAUCGCUUCGCACAUUAUUUCUGGAGGGUGGCAUAGCUGAUGAUAUGUUAUCAAAGUUCAAAUACUUGCAUGUCCUAAAAUUGUUCGGAGCAGAUGCCGAAGAGUUGCCGACCUCCAUUGGCAAACUAAUACAUUUACACUUACUUGACAUUUCAGGUUCUUGGAUUAGAACUUUGCCAGAAUCUCUUUGCAAACUUUAUAGUUUGCAAACACUGAGAAUUGGCAUGCUUGAAGAAGGUUUUCCAAAGGAGAUGAGCAAUUUGAUUAGCUUGAGACAUCUUCGCUAUUAUGGGGACAAUUGGGAAAUCCAAAUGCCAUCCAGGAUUGGACGAUUGACUUGUCUUCAAACGCUGGAGUUCUUUAACAUAGGUCGUCAAGAGGAAGGUCGUGGUAUCCAAGAGCUUGGAACCUUGCAAUAUCUUAAAGGCUCCUUGGAGAUCAGAAAUCUUGAAUUAGUGAAUGGCAAAGAUGAUGCUAAACUGGCGAACCUAUCUAGAAAGCCAAAUCUGUAUCGGUUGGUAUAUGAGUGGGGCAAUAGGGAUCGGGAAAGUAAUAAAUGCGAUGAAAAUGUGUUGGAAGGCCUCCAACCUCACCCAUAUUUAAAAGAGUUACAAAUUUUGAAGUUCAUGGGUGAUCAGUUUCCACAAUGGUUCAUGAAUUUGACAUCACUGGUGGAGUUGCGUGUAGCGGAUUGCACAAGAUGCAGAGAACUCCCUGCGCUAGGACAGCUGUCAUCCCUCCAACAUCUAUAUCUGACUGGAUUGGAAAACAUAAGAAGCAUUGGGCUUUCAUUCUACAGUACAAGUGCUGAGGAGGACGGCGGAUCAGGAGGUUCAAGCACUAUUAGCAGACAAACAUUCUUUCCAGCCCUUAAAAUUCUCUCUCUUGAAAGCAUGCAAAAUUUGGAAGAGUGGAAGGAUGCACACGAAAUGAUGGAUGUGUUUCCCGUGCUGGAAAAGUUGUAUAUUAGUGAUUGCCCCAAGCUGACCACCAUUCCAACUCCAAGUCGUUUCCCGAGACUUGAUGUAUUGGAAAUCAAAGCGAAUUGUCAUGUUUUGCUGGUAGAAAAGGUUUUGAGCAAUAUAACCACACUCUCGUCCCUUGAAUUAAGUGGUGGUAGUUUUCAACGCAUCGAGUCUCUAAAAUUAGUGAGACGACCAGAGAGCAGCUUGAAUAUUGAUGGCUGUAACAGUCUACCCACUGACAUGCUUGAGCGACUCUGUCUUUUUCCAAGUCUUGAUGUAUUGGAAAUCAAAUGGGAUUGCCACGUUUUGCUGGCAGAAAAGGUUUUGAGCAGUAUAGCCAAUCUCUCGUCCCUUAAAUUAAGUGGUGGUAGUCGUCAACGCAUCCAGUCUGUAGAAUUAGUGAGACGACCAGAGAGCAGCUUGAGUAUUGAAGGCUGUAACAGUCUACCCACUGACAUGCUUGAGCGACUCUGUCUUUUUCCAACUCUUCAGCAUGUAGAAUUGAUGGAUGCCGCCAAUGUAACAACAUUAAGAGGAAUGAGUUGCGCCGCUUGUCUUGAGAGAUUGACAGUCAUUCGUUGUUACAAUUUAUGGGAGUUGCCAGAAGAUCUUUAUCAAUUUCAAGCUUUAGAGGACUUGAAGAUACUCUGUUGCCCGAGAAUUGAUUCAUUUGGGUAUCCAAAUGCUAAAAAUUCAUUUGGACAGAAAGGCCUCCUUAAGUCUCUUGAGCGAUUUACUGUCGGUAGGUGCGAUGCAUUAACAAGAUUACCAGUGGAGAUGUUCGAGUCGUGUACGUCUCUCCGAGAGCUGAAGUUGUCCUAUUGCCGCAGUCUGGUCUCCUUUCCCCUUGAUUUGCGACGAACCCCUUCUCUCGAGAGCUUCUCAUUAUACGGGUGUUCCGACUUGAUUACUGAGAUGCCUAGUGGAUUUGGCUAUCUUACCAGCUUAAGGAAAGUGAAGAUUGGGCCCUUCUCAGAUGACUCUGCAAUCGAAUUUGAUUGGGCUGGAUUAGCAUCUUCAUCAUCACUGCAACACGUGUCUUUGCAGGGAAUGCGUGACACGAAAUCUCUGCCACAUCAGCUUCAAGACUUGACUACCAUCACAUCACUAUCUCUAAAACGCUUCAACGCAAUCGAAGCCUUACCAGAUUGGCUUGGGAACCUUGCGUCUCUUGAAGAGCUAAUCCUCCGUAGAUGCCCAAAGCUUGAAUAUUUACCCUCCGUAGAUGCCAUGGAACGCCUCAAAUUAAGACGUCUGGUAAUUCGUAGUUGUCCUCUAUUAAAACCAAGAUGCACUCCUGAAAGCGGCUCCGAGUGGUCCAAGAUCUCUAAUAUUCCAGAGCGUGAAAUUGAUCUCGACACAAGUGACAGUGAAGCAGCUUAUGAAACAUUGUGAAAGGCUCGAAAGUGUGCUACUUUUCUAUUUUGUGAAUUGGAUUGACAAUAUUAUGGCCACAAGGGGAAUUGGUCCAAGUGUAAUUGGGCCUAAAUGCAGGGUGGUAUCUGCACUAAAUUUGUUUAGGAAGUAGAGAUUAUGCUCUUUGGACAAAGAACACCAAGGUUCCCGAGUUGUUCUUAUGAGAAUGUCAAGAGGGAGGAGUUAUCUUCACUUAUCAGUCAGGUUUUGAAGAUGGAAGGUAGUUAUCUGUGAUUUUUCCCACCAGAAUGCCAUAUGUUGCUCAGAAUGUGGAAAUGAAGCAUGCUGAAAACAGAGUGGCUUGUGCCAGGCUUGUAGAAAGUAGUAUGGAUUGAGAAGAAUUAGAGGGGAGCAAACUGGACGUGCUACCAAGGUACAAGACUUGCUUGAAGAAAACUGGACGUGCUAAUACUUUAGUUCCAGAGGUGACAAGAUUUGAUGGAAAGAAGUUAGACAUUGUAGACAGCAUUGGUGAUCAUUUGGACGACAUAAACGAAGCAUGCGAUUGCAGUGUCAGUCGUUCAUUUGGAUGGAAUCAAUUCAAAGUUUUGGUGCUGCAAUUGCAGCGGCAAAAAUUUAUACCUUCCCACUCAAGAACAAGAGGGACUCAUUAUGCAACUGUGCUGACAGUUAGUCAUUCCAGAAAGCAGUGGUUUCCAAGCAAAAAUGUAUGGAUGGUGAUGUGGUAGACAAUUGUUCUCUUAAGGAGUGAAGAUCAAUCUUCUGGGAAGCAAUAUGUGACAGAGUAGAUGAAGAGGAAGCAGACAUCAUCUCGUUGGAAAAAGAGCAACAUGGUUCCCUGUCGUUUUUGUGAGAAUGUCAAAAGGAAGAAAUUACUGUCACUCGGCAGGCAAGUUUCGCAGAUGAAGAUGGUCAUCAAUUAUAGUUAUUUUGCUCAUUAAUUUGCACUAGCAUUGAUGGAGGCUUCUCAAACAUCAUGUAGAAAAACUGAAAGUGUUAUGGUUCUGUAGUGCUCGGAAUGCAGAAAUGAAGGUAAUGAUUUGGCUAAACUUUUUGUUAGCCUGUUUCGAUUUUUUUUUCUUUAUCUAUCUUCUGGAAAUGUAAUUUGGUUCAGAAGAAGAGAAGAUUUGAUGAUGGAAGCUAGAUGUUGAAGAUAGCAGUUGACCAAAUCUAGUUCACUUUAUCUAGUUCAUCAGUUUCAGUUCAUCAGUACUAUACUGUUAUUUGUCCACUCCUUUGUGUAUAUUUUUGGUUAUUUGUCAUCUCCAAUGGCUCAAGAUGAUGUUUCUCAACCUAUUUAUAUUAUUCUUGAUGGCACUAACUAUUCUCAUUGGGUUCAA